AGUCCAUAGGUUUGAUAGAGGGUUGCAAUAAGUUCUACCUAUGCCAGAGARCACWAUUCCGGUUCGAGCAAAUCUUUCAAAAUUGUUUACUCRGCAACACAAUGAUGUGACAUGUAAGCUGAUACGUGACCCAAGUCACAAAGAACAUAAUCUGUUUACAUAGCCAAUUGUGUAACGCAUYGAAGUAGCAGUGACACAAAUUCUGUUGUAUUCAUCCAGUAGAUGUUSCAAAGUUUUGAGUGAAACCGUUUCGCACAUUACCAAGAUGACAAGACUUCUUUUAUUGAUCUUCUUACUUCAAGAAUUCACAAGCCUUUUGUACAUUUGCCAUGGGGUUGAAAUUCGAGUCGCGCGUUCAGGACAAGAUGACCUGACUUGUUUGAAUGGUUCUCAAUCUAAUAUUCCUUGCAAAAGUCUUGAAUAUGCUUUGGAAGGCAUGGAAAAAUUUGGUUCURAUAAUAACACUGAAAUAAGGAUCUUAUUGUUGGACAAGACGUAUGAUUUAAAGCGAAGAAUUUCAAUUUGGCAGCCACUACGUCAUGGAUAUUUGUCAAUCGAAGGCGGUUCAGGAGUCCAGUAUAGCACGGUACUGCAUUGUAAGGAUUCAACAGCAGGAUUUACUGUUGGCUCACAAACUCAAGAAAACGUAGCCAACAAUAUUAAAUUCCAAAACCUGGUAUUUCAGAACUGUGGACCUGACCUUGCUUCAGCUGUGCUAAUUUGGAACGCAUUGAAUGUUACCUUCAGUGGCUGCAUCUUUAGAAACAAUCUUCAAGCAGCAAUCAACGCCAUUGAUAGCAGUGUUAUCAUUGAAAGAACUAGUUUCCUAAACAACACAUGCAACAAAAAUAUCUUUAACAGAACGCAAAGAACAAGGCCGUUUGUUUUGGGACGAGACUCUCAAUCUGCUGGGACAGGUUUCUAUUUCACCACAUCUUYGAAACUUUCAGUAAUAAUUAAAGACUCCUAUUAUUUUAAUAACACUGCUGUCGUUCAUAAAAAUCCAAAUUACGUCUCCCCAGCUCGAAACGUGACCCACUUCGAUGAAGGAGGCGGUGGGAUUUCUAUUGUGUUUGCGUUUCACACGAAGAAAUGUGACGUUASUUUCGAUAACUUAACGCUGGAAGCAAACUCCGCAACUUAUGGCGGCGCGAUUUACCUUGUAGAGUCAGGRAAAUCCUCAGGGAAUUCGCUAACACUAACGAACAGUACUUUUACGAGUAACUCGGGUGAGCAAGCAGGAGGGGGAGUUUGUACGUCUCAGUGGGACGAUGCCAAGUCACUAUCUAUAUAUAUUGMUGGSUGUCGGUUUGAAAAAAACUACGCCCGUAGAGGGGCAGGAGUUAAUUCAUUCUUCAUGAGCGAGCUAGGACUCGCAGACUCGCAAAUAAAAAUCGUGCGGUCUGUGUUCACAMGAAAUGACGCUCAGUCUUCAGCUGCRUGUCGAUUUACUAGCUCUCUCCCAUUUGGUAACGUGACUGGCAAUGUYAUUGACAUGCAGGACUGCGAGAUCUCCAGGCAUCAAGUCGACAAUCAUAACACUCAUACUUACCUAGCYCCUAUCACUGUGCAAMGGCUUGAUAUAAGAUUCAGCGGUCACACUAAAAUAUGGAAGAAUUUUGGCGGCGGUGGGAUGAGCGUGGAGAGCGGUGUGGUUCAUGUAGAUGGGAAACUCUCGUUUAUGGACAAUACUGGAACYCUWGGAGGUGCAGUKAGGCUGUGGUCGAGUCAAAUAAAGCUAUACCCGUAUAGCGAAUUGAUUUUUAUUGGCAAUCAUGCGAGGUCAAAYGGUGGGGCGUUGAAUGUGGUSYUGUUUCCRAGCUACGAGAUUAUACAUAAGUACAAUACAGAYUGUUUCCUKUCGUAUUCAGAUAGUUUUAGUCCGCCAUCACAAUGGAAGACGAAAGUGGUUUUCCAAGGAAACAGCGCCAAGUUCAAAGGAGCCGCCAUUUUUGUUUCAACUCUUGGSUCUUGCYUGUGGGACGARGUAUAUCCGUACUACAGCUACGAGAGAUCACUKCGAUGGAGCAACGAGACGUUUAUAUAUGAUAAAAACUUUCUCCUGGUCGAAAACGAUGURCAUUAUAUAGGAACGAAGUACGAUAUCGCGACUGAUACGGCCGUGAUCGUCCCAAAGAAAACUAAGCAGGUUAAAACGAUCGAGAUGUACCCUGGAGAAAACCUAAACUUCUACCUUAAAGGCCUCGACGAGCUAAACAACGCAGUCUACACAAUUGCAGACGUCAAUGUCGCCAACAUAACACACAACCUAACAGAUAACCUCUACUUGGCAAACUAUCUUCAUGUUCUCGCUGACUGUACYAACAACACCAUAGCAAUGCAGUAUUUCGCUCGAGGACGUGAMGCGUACAGAAGCAUGAUCAACAAAACACAYCUUAUCAGUGUUGCAGGAGUGUAUUCUGUGAUGUCGGUUGAAUUUACGUUUAAGAUGAARUCCAUUGCUUGUCCYCCUGGUUAUUUGUUUGAAGACAAARCUUGUACUUGUGACCACAAUAAUCCUUCACUUUUGCGAUGCCUAAGCAAAAGUAAACUCUACGUUAGGGAAGGCAUUUGGGUCGGAYUAUCACCAACUACUGGYAAACUCAUAACCUAUUACUGCCCAUUCAGAUACUGCCAGUGCAACAAAGAUGAAAACGAUAUAAAUGGUUGCUUACUCGACACGAAAAACUUAACUUCYCAAUGUAUUGAYGGCAGAGAAGGCUUUCUCUGUGGACAAUGYUCCAAAGGACUCAGCGUUGGAUUGAGAAUGUACGACUGCGUAGAGUGCAAAGGAAGUGGAUGGAUACUCGGCGUUGUGUUCAUUUUUGUAGUGAUUCUUYUAGUUGUAGUGAUUUAUCUAAACCCAGGGAUGAGCAAGGACCUUCGAGGACCUUUAUUCUUCUUUCAAAUGCUCCCCUUUGUCCUCAGCCAAAAAGAUGAAGUCGGUCAAGUUGUCAAGAUUGUYGGCUACUUGUUUGAGUUCGGYGGACCGUUUGUGUAYGUGUGGCGAACCUGCAUAGCAGACGGUAUYAACAAYCUUUACGCUAUAGCUGCAUCGUACAGCCURCCAAUGACAUGUUUGCUCAUCUUCCUAAUUGCGUAYAUCCUUAGYUCCAAACACAUCAUUCGAACCAAGCUGAGAUCAACGUCAAGCCUCCAGUCUUUCUGGUUGAUAACUCUGUUUAUGUACAARUACUUAGUCGAAACGUCUCUACUUAUUCUUCACUGUCCAAUCAUCGAUGGGAAAAUGGUCUUCUUCUAUGAUGGGAAUAUCCAGUGCUUUGAAGGCGAGCAUAUGCUUAUUGCAGUGAUWUCUUUGUUAGUGAUCUGCACAUGCGUYCUUCCACCUCCUAUUAUCAUCAUUCUACUCACCAAGGGAUACUGGAARGUCGAUCCCCAGUACUUGAGUACCUUGACUGAAGGAUUACGRAGUCACUGUUUGUGGUGGUGGGCUGCGGACUUUGCGCGUCGUAUUCUUAUAGUUGGAACAUUUGUUUUUAUUCCCAAUUGGAGGAUUAAACAGAUGUGGAUGAUAAUGAUGUGUGCACUAGUGCUAACUCUCCAUGCCAGCGUCCAUCCAUACAAGCGUCUGCGCACUAAUGUCACAGAGACCGUCUAUCUCUUUACUCUUGCUAUACUGGCAAUCAUACAAACUCUGGAUGACAAAGACAGUAGAAGCACAGUCUCCGGGCUACUUUUAUCUGCAGCUACAAUCCAUUCUGGAGUUGUGGGCAUCAUCAAGUUUAUAAACUUCUGCAGGAAGAAAUGCCACUGGCACUGUCCAAGGAAGUUUAGGGGAAGAWCRCCGGGGAGAUAUCGAUCGUUUGAUGAUCAUUCUGCSGAAGUGAAUCCAGUUACAGUCGAUCCUGAAGUACGRGCGAAGCAGAAUUUGUUUGAUACAGUGUUUGCGUCGAGUAAUGACAGUAGCAGUGGUGACUAUCAACCUAAUUCAMCCAAACCACGAACUUGUUAAAAACAAUCAAUAAUUAUUUUCAUAUUCAUCGUAUUGUCACAUAGAUUUUGAAUUACAUUAGAGAAUCCGAUCACUGUAAGAAAAGAUCUGAUACAUUCAUAUUAAUAUAUCGCAAUUGAACAAUUAU